AUGUUUCCCCGAAAGAACCCUACCAAGGCUACCAAGGAAGCUGGGGCCCGGAAGCGACGCAUUGUGGCAGUGGUAGCUCGACGUUCGACCGCGUCGUUUCUUCUGGGUGGUCUGCAGGAGAAGCUGAACAGUGGCCGCGGCAUGUUGUAUGCGAAGGAUGAGGAUAACAUCGAGUCAAUUAUCAAGUACUAUGCUAAACUUGUGUUAACCCCGGAUGCUGACCCGCUGUGGGCCAAGACGCUCAAAGAGCUCGUGUUUAAGAUGUGGAGAAAGAGCGAAGAGAAUCCAAGGCCGUCCAACCCCAGCGAUCGAAUCUUCGCCGACGAGACAAUGCUUAAGAUCCUCAAGGCCGCCUUCGGAACCCAGGAUUCUGCGUUCUUCAAAGAAGCCGCCCGGUGCCACAAGGGGAAGCUGUCAAUGGACUUCUUCGCUUGGGCUCAAGAGCAAUUCGCCUGUGAAGGAAGUUCCUUCGCUAAAGUGCAAGACGGGUUGCGUUCUGCGGUCCUCGCCUUCCCAGACUUCAAGCAAAGACAUACAGCAACAGCACGCUUGGUUCCCCGGACUCAGUUCAUGUCCGACGAAGUUCGGAGCUGGGUGCACAGUGUUCACGAUCAAAUGCUAGAAAUGAUGCCGCGGCAGGAGCUGAAUCAGCAAGAUGGUCAUGCUGUAGUGGGCAUGGCCAUGAUGUAUUAUGAUUUUCCCUACCUCUUGACGCGCAUUGCUCCCUCAGUCAAGGCCACCGAUAGGGGCCCAUUCUUUGCCCUCGGCUUCCUCUCCCAGCUCGAUCAGCAAUUGAAAGUCGGCACGUUUCCCAAGGAAGAAGGAUUCGAACAUUACAGAGAGAUUGCCUGCGGGCUGCUCUGUCGACUGCAUGUCUCCACCUUUAACGUUAAUGAAAAGCCAAAGCAGCCCAAAACAGUCGACCCAUCUGAUACGCUAGCUUACUAUCGACGACUCCGAGAUCUCCAGAAUAACAGGCUUGUGGAACUAGACCAAAAGACUGGCCCGCUCACACCGGAAGAGACAGUGACAUUUGUCGAGUCACUGAAUCCUGCUCACCCAUCUGUUGCAGGCUUCAGCCAGACGCUUGCGGCGAUCCUACGCGCCUACAUCAGCAACUACGUCGGCCUGAAGCCCAGCCCGGCCACCAGCAAUCUCGUCCACCCCACGGUACAAUCCUGUUGCGGCGACUGCUACGAUAUCAACAGAUUUCUCCGCGACCCCGCCAGUCGAGUAUGGGUACAACCCAUGAACAAAAGGCGUCGCGCGCAUAUCCAUCAGAAGCUUGACCAGGCGCGCGUGGACUGCACUAACGAGACGGACCAUUCUCGCGCUACCAAUCCCAGGUUGGUGGUGAUCAAGACCUUUGCCCAGGUGAGGGAUUCCCAGCUCGCCUGGCAGCAGAGGAAACUCGAGGCCAGUAAGCAGAUCCAGAACUUUGAUCCGGUGCGUCUCGCAAUCCUGCUUUCAGAUUACUACGAGGAUAUCGUGCGCAUGCGCGCGCUGGAUGUUCCGUCUGAGCAGCCUGUGGCAUCGAGAUCUGAAUUUACCCCUGCAUCGCUGGCAGGGAUGAAGAGGACGGCGGAGGAGGCGGACUUCGUAGAUCUGACGUUGGAUGAUUGAGCACAUGGUCAUUUGAGUGCACUUGUAAAUUCUUCGGUGGUUGAAAUCCGUGGAGCGAUUGGAGUCUUGCUGGCUGGAACCUCCGACUAACUUGCUUGGUUCGAUUUAUAGACACAUAAUCUCUGACGGCUUGAGAACGAUUUGAUCUGAAGGUG